GCAGAGGGGGCGGUAUUUCCGGAUACUGGUGAAAAGUUGCGGCCUGCACAUGUGGGUUGUAUUAGCGGCUCCAGUAGCUUGUCUUGUUGUUUCAGCUUAAGGAUAGCAUGGCCGAGAAUGACGUUGACAACGAGCUGCUGGAUUACGAUGACGAUGAGGAGCAGCAGACGGCCCCGGAGAACGCCACUCCAGCCGGGAAGAAGGAGGUUAAGGGCUCCUAUGUGUCCAUCCACAGCUCCGGUUUCCGGGACUUCCUGCUGAAGCCAGAGCUCCUGCGCGCCAUCGUGGACUGUGGCUUUGAGCAUCCGUCUGAAGUCCAACAUGAAUGCAUUCCACAAGCCAUCCUGGGCAUGGACAUCCUGUGCCAGGCCAAGUCUGGCAUGGGGAAGACCGCCGUGUUCGUGCUUGCGACACUGCAGCAGAUAGAGCCUGUGGACGGACAGGUAUCUGUGCUGGUCAUGUGCCACACGCGUGAGUUGGCGUUCCAGAUCAGCAAAGAGUACGAGCGCUUCUCCAAGUACAUGCCCACCGUGAAGGUGGCCGUGUUUUUCGGCGGCUUGUCCAUCAAGAAGGAUGAAGAGGUGCUGAAGAAGAACUGUCCGCACAUCGUGGUGGGCACCCCCGGGCGGAUCCUCGCCCUCAUCCGCAACAAGACCCUCAGCCUCAAGAACGUCAAGCACUUUGUUCUGGAUGAGUGUGACAAGAUGCUGGAGCAGCUGGAUAUGAGGCGUGACGUGCAGGACAUCUUCAGACUGACGCCGCACGAGAAGCAGUGCAUGAUGUUCAGCGCCACCCUGAGCAAGGAGAUCCGGCCCGUGUGUCGCAAAUUCAUGCAGGACCCCAUGGAGGUGUUCGUGGAUGAUGAGACCAAGCUGACCCUUCAUGGCCUGCAGCAGUACUACUGUAAGCUGAAGGACAGCGAGAAGAACCGCAAGCUCUUUGACUUGUUGGAUGUGCUGGAGUUCAAUCAGGUGGUGAUCUUCGUCAAGUCCGUGCAGCGGUGUGUGGCUCUGUCCCAGCUGCUUGUGGAGCAGAACUUUCCUGCCAUCGCCAUUCACCGGGGUAUGGCGCAGGAGGAGAGGCUCUCGCGAUACCAGCAGUUCAAGGACUUUCAGCGUCGCAUCCUGGUGGCCACCAACCUCUUUGGCCGAGGGAUGGACAUCGAACGGGUCAACAUCGUCUUUAACUAUGACAUGCCUGAGGACUCUGACACCUACCUCCACAGGGUCGCCCGUGCAGGAAGGUUUGGGACGAAGGGUCUGGCUGUGACGUUUGUGUCGGACGAGACGGACGCAAAGACCCUGAAUGAUGUGCAGGACCGUUUCGAGGUCAACGUGGCCGAGCUGCCGGAGGAGAUUGACAUCUCCACUUACAUUGAACAGUCCAGAUGAGCGUUCCAGUCCAAUGAAGACCCUAAUCCCAAAUGUAUUUUUGAAGACGACGCCAUUUUAAAAGCUUCCCUCCCCUCGGUUCAUAGGUGCAAGGCUUAUUUUAUUUUUCUGGGGAGUGUCCUGGUUUUAAUUUUUUGUUUUUAAAUUUUUUGUCGGUUGUAGUUUUUGGUUAAAGGAAUUAAAACAUUUUAUACAAUGUU